AUGCCGCCUCAUCUCCAUCCCCGGUCGCGCAUGACCUCGUCUCUGUUUGGACUCACCAUAGCUGCGAGCUUUUUCGUCGUCGGCCUGCCCCAUGUGCUGCCAUGCCCGGCCCCUCGCGUCCGCCUCGCCGACUCGGAAACAACAGCAGACGGCACCAGGAGGAGGCGGAGGAGGAAGUCCGACGCGACCGAGGUCAAGGAUGGCAUCGCACAGUUCGAAAGCACCACUGAAGACUUUGAGAGGCUGGCCGCAAAGGAUGCCGCCAAACGGGAAUGCCCUGUACCAAAGCCGGGAGGCGUCAUCGGCGGCCUGAUGGGAUUCAACAAAUCGAGGCCGGACAACGAGCAAUCACAUAACAACAGGUGA